UGUGAAUUCCAUACAGGUUCAGCCGACGCUGAGGGAGAGAAUCCGGCAAGAGCAGGCUUCAGAUGAGUUUAUUCGUACGAUUGAUGCCAAGGUUCGUGCCGGAGGCGUCGAGGGUUUUCACCGAGGCGCUGAUGGGGCCUUGGAGUUUCGUGGCAGGAUU